UUGCCCCGCUCUGCCCACAGCCGGGACCACCUCAUGCCAUGGAACCCAGCCACGCCACCCCGUCCCCUGCAUUGCCGAUGGCUGCUGGAGAGAACACGUGUGAGAUGGAUGUCUUUGAUGCGGCUGUGGAUGGGGCCACGCUGCUCAUCAGCCUGUGUGGGCUGGUGGGUAACGGGGCCGUCUUCUGGUUGCUCAGCUGCCGCAUCCGCAGGAACCCCGUCACCGUCUAUGUCCUCAACCUGGCCAUGGCCGACUUCACCUUCCUGCUCUUCAUGCUCACCUACACCCUCCUCAACCUUCUGAAAGACCUCUCCUGCUCCAUGCUGCCCAUCUUAGUGAAGCACCUCGUAUCACUCCUCCUGCUCUCGCUACUUGCCCACAACAUGGGCAUGUAUCUGCUGGCGGCCAUCAGCAUCGAGAGGUGCGUGUCCAUCCUGUGCCCACUCUGGUACCGCUGCCACCGUCCCCAGCACCUGUCAGCCGUGGUGUGUGCCCUGCUCUGGGUCCUCUCCAUCACUGUCAUUGCCGUGGUGACAUCCCUGUGCCUGUCCCACCAGCAAGAGCAGUGCCGCCUGGCACUCAUCGCCAUGUACAUCCUCAACUUCCUCCUUUUUGCCCCAUCCAUGGUCAUUUCCAACGUGAUCCUGCUCAUUAAGGUGCUGUGCAGUUCCAAGCAGCGCCAGCACAGGAGGCUCUACAUUGUCAUAUUUCUCACAGUCCUCUUCUUCCUCCUCUUUGGAGUCCCCCUCAGCGUGUGGAAUUUCAUGCAGCAUUUCAGCUCAGACCCACUUGGGCAUCACCAGGUGGUUUUCCUGCUCGCCUGCAUCAACAGCGGCAUCAACCCCUUCAUCUAUUUGCUGGUGGGUGGCAGUAGGAGGCACUGCUCUUUGGCAUCCCUCCAGGUUGCCUUCCAGAGGGUCUUUGAGGAGACCGGGGUCACUGUGAUCUCCGCCUGAGAGCCCACUGUGAUUGUGCUGGCCACAGCCCCCAUCCUAGCUGCAUGCCCACACUCACAUGGGCAGGCCUGCGGUCACCCUCCCAUGGCUGCAUAUCAGGAUGUGUCUUUGCAUGGUCAUUAUUUUACCCCUAUCCCUGUCCCAUUCCACUCCUGUUUGUCUGCAUUCCAUCCCCAAAUGUUCCCCCUUCCCAUCCCUGUCUCA